AUGCCUUCGGCUCAGAUUAACCAGGCACGUCCCCCGUCGAACCAGAUCAGACUUACAAAUGUCUCUCUUGUCCGGAUGAAGAAGGGUAUGUUCACUCUCCCUUGCGCACAGUGCUACCGCCCCGCGCAUCGUGUCGGUCUUCCCUCGAUGAAUGUUCAACUCAUCUUCUCCNNAGGCAAAAAGCGUUUCGAAGUCGCAUGCUACAAGAACAAAGUCCUCGAAUGGCGUUCUGGUGUCGAAACCGAUCUCGACAAUGUCCUCCAAAUCCCAAACGUCUUUCUUAACGUUUCCAAAGGUCAGGCUGCUCCCUCAGCAGACUUGCAGAAAGCCUUUGGAAAGGUGCCCUUGAAUGACAUCAUUCUCGAGAUUCUGAACAAGGGUGAGCUGCAGGUCGGCGAGAAGGAACGACACGCCCAGUUGGAAAGAGUCCACGCCGAGGUCAUCGACAUUGUCGCGGGCAAGCUGGUCGAUCCCAAGAGCAAGCGUGUCUACACUACUGGAAUGAUUGAGAAAGCACUCGACCAACUCAGCAGUCAAAGCGGAAAGGACACAACAACACCUACCGCGAGCGGCACCGCAACCCCUGUAGAAGGCGAGAGCCAUGCCGAACACAAAUCCAAGCCCAUGUGGACCGGCGUCGUGACCACUCGCGAUGCCAAAUCUCAAGCGCUGAACGCAAUGAAGGCCUUGAUCGCACAUCAGCCGAUUCCCGUCGCUCGUGCGAGAAUGAGACUGAGAAUCACCUGCCCUACUUCGGUUUUGAAACAGGCAGUCAAGAAUGCACCCAAACCCGGCGACGAGGCCGAAGGCGAGGCACAGGCAAAGGGUACUGUCAAGGACAGGAUACUGGGUUACAUCGAGCAGGUCGAGAGUCAAGAUAUGAUGGGCGAAGAAUGGGAAGUUGUCGGCUUCGUGGAGCCCGGCAGCUUCAAGCCUCUGAGCGAGUUUGUCAGUGGACAGACCAAGGGAAGAGCCAGGGCUGAGGUUUUGGACAUGGCCGUCAUGAACGAGGGCGACUAG